CCCCUCUGCAGAGAGAACGGGAGCCCCAUUCAAACAAACCAAACUCCGCGCCCCGGGAUGCGACAGUAGAAAGAGAGAAAGGCGGCAUCAGCAGCUGAAGAAAAAAGAAACACGAACACACACUUUACCUCCAGAAACAGACAGCCGGGACCGUCACGCGGACACACACACACACACAGAGACACACACAGACAGCCGGAGACACACUCUUAGCGCUAGCAGCAGGAGGAGGCUAACAGCUAACAGCAGCAGACAUGGCGAGUGCCUCGUACCACAUCUCCAACCUGCUGGAGAAAAUGACUUCCAGCGAUAAGGAUUUCAGGUUUAUGGCCACUAACGACCUGAUGACGGAGCUGCAAAAAGACUCAAUCAAACUGGACGAUGACAGCGAGAGGAAGGUGGUGAGGAUGAUUCUCAAACUGUUGGAAGACAAGAACGGAGAAGUUCAGAAUCUGGCCGUCAAAUGCCUGGGGCCCCUGGUGAGCAAGGUAAAGGAGUACCAGGUGGAGACGAUCGUGGACACCCUGUGCACCAACAUGCUGUCGGACAAAGAACAGCUCCGAGACAUUUCCUCCAUCGGACUCAAAACUGUGAUUGGAGAGUUACCGCCCGCCUCCAGCGGCUCUGCCCUCGCUGCCAGCGUUUGUAAGAAGAUAACUGGGCGUCUGACGAGCGCCAUCGCCAAACAGGAAGACGUCUCUGUCCAGCUGGAGGCGCUCGACAUCAUGGCUGACAUGCUCUGCAGACAAGGAGGCCUGCUGGUGAAUUUCCAUCCCUCCAUCCUGAGCUGUCUGCUCCCUCAGCUCACCUCCCCCAGACUGGCUGUCAGAAAGAGGACCAUCAUGGCUCUGGGCCACCUGGUUAUGUCCUGUGGGAAUCUGGUCUUCAUCGAUCUGAUCGAGCACCUGCUGACCGAGCUGGGCCGGAACGACAACAUGUCCACUACCAGAACCUACAUCCAGUGCACGGCCGCCAUCAGCAGACAGGCUGGACACCGGAUCGGAGAGUAUCUGGAGAAGAUUAUUCCUCUGGUAGUGAAGUUCUGUAACGUUGAUGAUGACGAGCUCCGAGAGUACUGCAUCCAGGCCUUUGAGUCCUUUGUUAGGAGGUGUCCCAAAGAAGUUUACCCCCACGUUUCCACGGUCAUCUCGCUCUGCCUGCGCUACCUGACCUACGACCCCAACUACAACUUUGACGAUGAAGACGAGGACGAUAACGCCAUGGACGCCGAGCAGAACGAUGAAGAUUACCAAGGCAGUGACGAUGAGUACAGCGACGAUGACGACAUGAGCUGGAAGGUGCGACGGGCGGCCGCCAAGUGUUUGGACGCGGUGGUCUCGACCCGUCACGAGAUGCUGCCGGAGUUUUACCGCUCCGUCUCUCCUGCACUCGUCUGUCGCUUCAAGGAGAGGGAGGAGAACGUGAAGGCGGAUGUUUUCCACGCCUACCUGUCGCUGCUCAAACAGACCCGACCGGCUCAGAGCUGGUUGGCCGAUCCAGACGCCAUGGAACAGGGAGAAACCCCGCUGACCAUGCUGCAGAGCCAGGUCCCCAUGAUAGUAAAAGCUCUUCACAAGCAGCUGAAGGAGAAAAGUGUCAAAACCCGUCAGUGUUGUUUCAACAUGUUGACUGAGCUGGUGAACGUCCUCCCGGGAGCCCUGACUACCCACAUCCCUGUACUAAUACCAGGUAUCAUCUUCUCUCUGAACGAUAAGUCGAGCAGCUCCAACCUAAAAAUCGACGCCUUGGCGUGCCUCCACGUCAUCAUGGUCACACACCCGGCGCACGCCUUCCACGCCCACGUGCCCGCCCUCGUCCCGCCCGUGGUGGCGUGCGUGGGAGACCCCUUCUACAAGAUCACCUCCGAGGCUCUGCUCGUCACUCAGCAGCUCGUCAAGGUGAUCCGACCUCUGGACAACCUAUCAGAGAGCUCCGACAGCUUCGACCCCUCCCCUUACAUCAGCGACCUGUUCACCUGCACAAUCAAACGGCUGAAGGCGGCCGACAUCGACCAGGAAGUCAAAGAACGAGCCAUCUCCUGCAUGGGACAGAUCAUCUGUAACCUAGGAGACCGGCUGCCGGCUGAACUCCCUGGAACGCUGUUGAUCUUUUUAGAACGCCUCAAGAACGAGAUCACCAGACUGACCACCGUGAAAGCUCUGACGCUGAUCGCCGGCUCGCCGCUGAAGAUCGACCUGAGGCCGGUUCUCCCCGACGCCGUUCCCAUCCUCGCCUCCUUCCUCCGCAAGAACCAGCGAGCCCUGAAGCUCUGCACCCUGGCUGCUCUGGACAUCCUGCUCCGAAACUACAGCUCUGCGGUGACUCCCGUCAUGGUGGACGCGGUGCUGGCCGAGCUUCCUCCUCUCAUCUCGGAGAGCGACAUGCACGUGUCUCAGAUGGCGCUGAGCUUCCUGUCCACGCUGGCGGUGACCCACCCGUCCUCGCUGAGUCAGCUGAGCGGAGGGAACAUCCUGCAGCAGCUCAUCGCGCUGGUCCGGUCCCCGCUGCUGCAGGGAGGAGCACUCUCCGCCAUGCUCGACUUCUACCAGGCUUUGGUGGCGACAGAGACUCCCGGUCUGGGCUACAUGGACCUGCUGAGGAUGCUGACCGGUCCGGUUUACUCCCAGAGUGCCUCUCUGCCUCACAAACAGGCCUACUGCUCCAUCGCCAAGUGUGUCGCCGCUCUGACCCGAGCCUGUCCCGACGAGGGACCCGCUGUGGUCGGCCAGUUCAUCCAGGAUGUGAAGAACAGCCGCUCCACGGACUCCAUCAGACUGCUCGCUCUGCUCUCAUUGGGCGAGGUGGGACACCAUGUGGACCUGAGCAGCCAACCAGAGCUCAAGACGGUCAUCCUGGACGCUUUCUCCUCCUCCAGCGAAGAGGUGAAGUCUGCAGCCUCGUACGCGCUGGGCAGCAUCGCGGUGGGGAAUCUUCCGGAGUAUCUGCCCUUCGUGCUGCAGGAGAUCUCCUCGUCCAAGAGACAGUACCUGCUGCUGCACUCGCUCAAAGAGAUCAUCAGUUCUGCGUCUGUGUCCGGGCUGAAGCCCUACGUGGAGUCGGUCUGGACUCUGCUGCUCAAACACUGUGAGUGCCAGGAGGAGGGGACCAGGAACGUGGUGGCCGAGUGUCUCGGCAAACUGACGCUCAUCGACCCCGAGACCCUGCUGCCCCGCCUCAAAGGAUACCUGCUGUCAGGUUCGUCGUACGCCAGGAGCUCCGUGGUAACGGCGGUAAAGUUCACCAUCUCUGAUCAACCACAGCCCAUUGACCCGCUGCUGAAGAACUGCAUAGGUGAUUUCCUGAAGACGCUGGAGGACCCGGACCUGAACGUGCGUCGCGUUGCCUUGGUGACGUUUAACUCCGCGGCCCACAAUAAGCCCAGUCUGAUCCGAGAGCUGCUGGACUCGGUUCUACCGCAGCUGUACAACGAGACCAAAGUGAGGAAGGAGCUGAUCCGAGAGGUGGAGAUGGGUCCGUUCAAACACACGGUGGACGACGGUUUGGACUUGAGGAAGGCUGCGUUCGAGUGCAUGUACACUCUGCUGGACAGCUGCCUGGACCGACUGGACAUCUUCAUCUUCCUCAACCACGUAGAGGAUGGCCUCAAGGACCACUACGACAUCAAGAUGCUGACGUUCCUGAUGCUGGCCCGGCUGUCCUCUCUGUGUCCCAGUGCUGUUCUACAGAGACUGGACAGACUAGUGGAGCCGCUGAGAGCCACCUGCACCACCAAGGUGAAGGCGAACUCGGUGAAGCAGGAGUUUGAGAAGCAGGACGAGCUGAAGCGGUCGGCGAUGCGAGCCGUCGUGGCGCUGCUGACGAUCCCCGAGGCCGAGAAGUCGCCGCUGAUGUCGGAGUUCCAGUCCCAGAUCUCGUCCAAUCCGGAGCUGGCGGCCAUCUUCGAGUCCAUCCAGAGGGACUCCAGCUCCGCCAACAUGGAGUCCAUGGACACCAGCUAGAGAGAGACAGAAACACAACUCCCCC